CUCAAAUAGUUUUUCUACUUAGCAUCACAGUGUACGUGCUUAAAGCACAAUUAACGCUGAUUAAAGUGGACAAAUAACCGAAUAUUUGUGGCCAAAUAUGAGUGAUACAAUGGAAGGAUUGAUGGCAGACCAGGAAGGCCAGGAAAAAUGCAAGAUCUGGGUGAAAUCACAGACUCAACUUCUGGAGCCAUCAGCGCCGAGUCUGAAACGUGAAGCUGCCUGUGACCUUGAGGAAUACUUCGAGACUGAUUCGGAAUUUGACUCGGUGUCGGAAUGCGGAGCCAAGAAAAGGAGAUUUGGCAUUCAAGUUAAAAAGGAAGUUUUAAAUCUCGUCUGCGAAUGGAAAAAUUGCAGCUUCAAAAGUUGUUCGAUUGAUCGUUUCCUUAGUCAUGUGGCGACUCAUGUCCCUGACUUGGAGAUUAAACUGAAUGAUAGUGGGGAUCAGGUGUAUGCUUGUCAGUGGCACGAUUGUGGAUUUGAAAAUGGAAUUUCCGAGGAGAUUACCAGACACGUAAAUUUUCAUGCAUAUCAUACAAAGCUUAAGUGCAUUGGAAGUAAUAUCAGGGAAAGGAUUAAAUUGCCUAAAUGUCACCGCGAAAAUCUGGGGCUACAUGUCUUCAACAUCUCGUCCCCGCAAUUAUGUCAGUGGGAAGAAUGCCUGAAAUUGUUCAACAAUUUCCAAUUAUUUCUGUACCACAUAAUUCAACACUUGGAGAGUAAUCCCCGGGGGAAUAAAGUCGAGGGUGGAGUGCGUUGCAAGUGGACAGGCUGCACGGCAAAAUUUCCCAGUGUUUACAAACUGAAGGAUCAUAUCAAAUGUCAUACGAAAGAAAAAAUCGUUGCAUGCCCAGAUUGUGGAAAUGUCUUCGCCUCUAAUACCAAAUUUCAUGACCAUUGUCGGCGACAGAUUCCUCUAGAAGUUCAAGGAUUUCAGUGUUCAUACUGCACAAAAUUCUAUCCCACAGAAGCCAUCCUGCGUGAACACAUGAGGUUUCACGUAUUCAAUCACAAAUGCAAGAUCUGUGACAUGAGCUGUGAAUCUCCCUCGAGCCUGGUAAAACAUAUCAGAUAUCGGCAUGUGUCAGCCAGACCAUUUCCCUGUCAAUUGUGCUCACACUCUGCCAAGUCUCAACAAGAUCUCGAUUCACACAUGACUGUUCAUACGAGUGGACCUAAUUUUUUUUGCAAUUACGAGGGAUGUACUUACACGUGUAAAAAUGCUUAUGUAUUUGACAAGCACAUCGAGAGGGUUCACAGCUCUGAAGUCCGUUGGUACUGCUGCCACGAAUGUCCGAUAAAAUAUCGAAAGAGUUAUACAUUGACGAAACACCUGGUGGAUGUUCACAAUCUGCAGUGGCCAAGUGGCCACAAGAAAUUCCAGUACAUCAGAGAACACGAUGGAUGUUACAGAUUGCAGAGAUUCAGGUACGAGGGGAUCGACGACGAUGCUGCAGGAUCAGUGAGCGAAUUAGAAAUCGAUGAUCCACCUAAGGAGUACAAAAUAAAAGUUUCCAGAAAAAAUUCAAAACGUGGAAUUCCCAAUUUUGAGAUUGUCGAAGACACUGGAGAAGACGAUAGUAAUGUCGCCUUAGAAGUGAACACAGACGCUGAAGACAGUGCUGGUAAAUCGAUGCCUGUUAUCUCAAACAUUUUAAUCUCAAUCGAUGAAAUGGACGCUUACGGGAAUAUAAUUAACAGUAAAAUCAUCAAGACUCAAGAAACAACAGAGCUGCCACCAUCAGACGAGCCUCCUGUCAUAUUAACAUGAAAAUUGAUAAUCCCUAUUUUCCCAUAUAUUUUUGUAACUUCACCUAGCAUCAUUGUGUAAGGAAAAUAUUUUCAUAUAAUUUCAACUUUUUCGUAAUCAAUUCUGAAAUGAACAGU